GCUCUUGCUCGCGAUCGUUGUGUAGAUGCAAGUCAGCUGCUGAAGGCGGUCACUGCCGGCAGACCUCUCGUGCUUUCGGUAGAAUAAAUUUCAAAGCUGGAGGAGCUUGGACUCGGUCGUUAAGCACCUUCGCGGGACCAAUCUUCUGACCGGCGUAAUGAAUACCGAGGAUAAUGAUAUGGGAACUCUCGGCCCUCGGGCAAGCGCGGAAUUCAUCAUGACGAAAGCCAAAGAUGUCAGGAUCGAUCUCGAUGCGGCUCGCAAGCUCGCCCGCCAUAUCCACGAAGCGACGGCUAGCAAUCCAUACGACCUGAAGGCCUGGAAGGAAGCGGGGCUCCAUCCCAAGGAAAUGAGCGACGCAACGGUCGAGUGGAUAUUCGUAGUAGACCUGCUCAACUUUUCCUUCUGGUCUCCGACAUACCAGGUGGAAUAUGAGGGUCAAAUGCACACGGGUUACUGGGCACUCUGCGCCUGCUUGAAUCGAGCUCUAAAGGAUGCGGUACCAAUCACAUCGGCGACAUUCUACGCCAGCGUCUCGAGGGAAAAGCUCAAGGAGGUUUUCAGAGGUCACAAUGACAGUGAAAUUCCACUCUUUGACGAAAGACUGAAUAUUCUACACCAGGCCGGACGGAAACUCCUCGAGCAAUACGGCGGCAAGUUUUCGAACUGUUUGCUGCAGUGCGGAAACGAUGUCGAUAAGCUGCUGCGGUUAGUCACAGCGGAGUUCCCGUCAUUCAGGGACCAAGCUGUUUUCGAAGGUCGUCAAGUUUCGUUCUACAAGAGAGCUCAGAUCCUUGUCGCAGACCUCUGGGCAUGCUUCGAGGGGAAAUCAUAUGGAGAGUUCCACAACAUCGAUAACGUCACUUGCUUCGCCGAUUAUCGAGUACCCCAGAUUUUGGCCCAUUUCGGAGUCAUAAUCUACAGCGAAACUCUGCGGAAGCUCUUGGAUAGUGGGGCUCUUCUGCAGAAUGAGCAGCGCGAAGUUUGUGAAAUCAGGGGAGCAACGAUAUCCGCCUGCGAGAAAAUUCGCGAUGUUCUUCAGAGCGAAUUCAGAUCACCGAUGAAUGCGAUUCUGGUAGACUUCUAUCUCUGGGGCUACCGCAGAGCCCAUGCGAAAGAAGUGGACGCAACAACUCCUUAUCACAGGGUGCGCUGCAUCUACUACUAGUGCAGCUGAGGGAAAGACAAAACCCUCGAUCCCUGACCCACAUCCCGAUUCGUGAAGCGAUUCCCGCGGGAUUGCAUCUUUCCGCGUUCGCCGGCCAACAUAUUCGGGAUGAAUGUUUCCAUGCUAAGCCUUCAAGAAACUCAUUCCCAAUAUCUUUCUGGUGAGAACCUCCUUCUGAGUUUGAAUUUGUGUCCAAAGUUCGAAAAGAAAACGUCUUUGGGAUAUAAUAAAUAAUUCGCUCCUCUACGAAAUAA